AUGGCUAGUAGUGGCUCAGGGAGGUCAGCUAGCGAGGGUUCCAGCAGCACACAGAGCAGCAGCGUGCAGCAGAGGAAGAAGCUGUCGUCCAUCUGUGACACGUGUAAGGGCAAGAUGCAGCUGGUUGCCGACCUCCUCCUGCUCUGCAGCGAGACACGGCCCGUGGUCACCGCGGACGGCGUGGCUGUGGCCGAGACCUUCGAGCAGUGCCGCGACACGGUCAUCGCCCGCACCAAGGAACUCUCCAUCCUCACCCACGACAUCCAGUCGCAGCUCAACAUGGGCCGCUUCGUCGAGGUGGGAGACCGCUUACUAGAGAUGGGGGACCUGGUGGUGUCGUUGACCGAGUGUUCGGCGCAUGCCGCCUACCUAGCGGCGGUAGAGACCACGGGUUCUCAGCCGUGUCUGCCAGGGCUGGUGGACCGCUACAAAGUGACACGGUGCCGCCACGAGGUGGAGCAGAGCUGCAGCAUCCUCCGGGUCACAUCGCUGCCGGACCUCACGCCCCAGCUACUCCUGGAGCUAUCUCAGAACAUCUCCCGCAGCCUCAAGACCCUGACAGACGCCUCGGGCCUGGCCAGCGAGAGGUCCAAGGACCGCUUCGCCAAGGAACAGUUCAAGCUCAGCGUCAAGAGCAUUAGCACGAGCGGCACGGCCCUCUUGGCCUGCGUCCGUGAAGUCAAGACGCAGCCCAGUGAGCUGACGCGCAACCGCUGCGUCCUGUUCAGCGCGGCGCUGGUCCAAGCGGUAAACGCAUUGGUCGGGUUCGCCACGGAACCGCAGUUUCUAGGCCGGGCGGCGAGCGUGUCGCCUGAGGGGAAGGGUGUGCAGACGGCGGUUCUGGGCGGCGCCAUGAGCGUGGUGUCAGCGUGCGUCCUCCUCACUCAGGGCCUCCGGGACGUCUCCCAGCAUCCAGAGAGCAGUACUAAGAUGGCAGACUACAGGGAGCGCUUGCGCAACUCGGCGUGCGCGGUGUCGGACGGCUGCACGCUGCUCUCACAGGCGCUAAGGGAGAGGUCUUCACCCAGGACUCUACCGCCAGUCAAUUCCCAUUCUGUGAAUUAG